AUGAGCUCCAAGGACUGGGCGACGACGGCGAAGAAGCUCGCGUACGACCACGCGGUGCUCACGCUGGACUUUUAUGGCCAUGGCGCGUCCCCGUACCUUCCUCAGAACGACAUGCACGACCCGAACGUCCUCGUGCACCAAGUCCGUGACGCGAUCGAGCGCGCUGGCUGGGCGACGGCGCAGGUGACGAUCGCGGGGAUCUCGAUGGGUUCGGCCAUCGCGCUGCGGUACAGCCAGCGGCAUCCCGACUCGGUGCGCCGCCUCAUUUUGCUCUGCGGCGCCGGCAUGGCGGUCAGUCGCUGGUAUGCGCUCACAGAGACCAUGUCCCGCUGGAACAAUGCGAUGUUACUGCGCAUCCACGAGCUCAACGCGACGUCGCCGUUCUGGCACAUGGUCUUUCACCGUGUGUCGGUGCUGCGGGCGAUGAUCAGCCAUAGCUAUCUCACGCGCCUCACGCCCGAGUACGGCGUGAACCAGACGAUGCUCCAAGCCGAGACGUUGACCAAGGUUCACGCGUGCAUUUGGCCCAUGGUCGACGUCCUCCACCCGCUGCAGCUGGAGCUGUUUGACGAGGCGCCGGAGCACAUACAGAUCGUACCGGGUGUCGACCAUGCGCUCUUUUGUCUCUUGAUUAACGACCUCGCACUCCACGCCAAGCCCGAGCUGUGGCUUUAG